AUGAACCCCCACAUCUCCCUCCCACGCCCCAUGGGCGGCCCCUCGAACUUCGGCGGCACUCUCCCCACGCACCGCAGCGAAGCCCCCCGCAUGCCUCGUUUCUUCAAACGGCUGUUCAAGUUCCCACAGAUGGAUUUCGAGAUGGCGGUGUGGGAGAUGACGAGCCUGAUAAUAGCGCCGAAGAAGGUGUUUCGGUCGAUGUACUAUCAUGUGGAGACGAAGAAUACAUGGCAUCGCCCCGACCCCUCGUUCACCUAUCUCCUCUCCUUCUUCCUCCUCCUCACAUCUAUAGCCUGGGGGCUAGCCUACGCGGACGGCUUCGGAAAGAUUGUGAAGGUGGCGGCCAUUUUUGUGUUCGUGCACUUCCUGGCGGUGUCGCUGCUUGUCUCGACAGCGGCAUACUUCCUGGUCGGACGGCUGCUGGGCCCAGGUGUGCCAGGCCUUCCUGGGCGGAGGAGGCAGGGGCUGUUUAUGCAGCCUGGAGAGGCGGAGCAACUGGAGUUCGGAUACUGCUUUGAUGUGUCGAUACGGGCGUUCUUCCCUGUGUGGGUGUUCCUGUAUGUGAUACAGUUCCUGCUGAUGCCGGUGAUAUCCAAAGACUAUUGGGUAUCGCUUUUCUUCGGCAACUCGCUGUACCUAUUAGCCUUUGGCUACUACACAGUGAUCACAUUCCUAGGCUACAAUGCCUUGCCCUUUCUCCAUCACACCGAGCUCCUGCUCGCGCCGACAGCAGUAUUUGUGAUUUUAUGGUUCGCGAGCCUCUUCGGCCUCAAUCUACCAAAGUACUUGGCGCCUAUAACAUCCUCAACCCACGACGUUUGCGUCUUCUGCGCCUCCCGCCUCGGUAUUACUCCAGCAGCGCCGCCGCCAGCAUAUGUCCAACGCCGCCAUCUCAACUCGUCUCCCAAAGCAGCGCAGUCGAGCGCUCAGGCUGCUGUUCGUCAGGAAGACAGCCAGGAUGAUUUGCCGGCUCGAGCGAAAUGGGGCUCAACGUUUGCGGGCCAGGUCGCGAUUCUCAACGAUGAGCCGGCACCGAAUAAAUGGGGUUCGACCUUCGGCGGCGGCGGGAUGAGAGCCGAGGCGUCUAGGACGGACAGAUGGGGCGCAACGUCUGGAGGCAGCGGACUGAGCGCCGCAGAGGAGCGGGAGAGGGAGGUGUUGAGGGCGAGAGCGGCGGCGGCACCGGCGCAAGCGCAACAGAGCGAGCGUGCGGAGAGAGGGCGCUGGAGGGUGGAUCACAAUACACCUGACAGGCAGCGGAUUCAAUUCGGCCAACGAUCACCAAGAGGACAGUCACAACACCCUUCUCGAUUAUCGUACCGCCUAAAUCUCAAUCCCUCGAAAACUCAAGAACCCCGAGAUCCCCCUUUUGAUGCGAAUCUCACCGCGAACUGGAAGCAUCUGAAGCGACGGGGCCAUGACCACAGGAGCCAGGCUGCCGCACAGAGUGCAACUAUGCCGCCUCCUCCGUUUCAGGAGGCGCCGACGUUCAGGCGCGUAGAGCUACAACCAACUCCUAAGGGCUACGUAUCGCUCAACGGCACUCCCGCACGACCGCCACCACCACCUACGGAAGCACCGCCGCGGCAUAUUGAAGAAGUACGCACCGCGCCGUCUCAACCGCCGUCAGAGGUCAGGGUGGAACCACCGAGGGAGGAACGCCAAGAGCGUCAGGCGCGCCAGGAGCGCGAGGAGCACCGCCCGAUACCUCGUCGAUUCCUCGAUGACCGCGGCUCACGGUCCAUGGAUCCCGGUCCUCGUCGUCGUGAUGGUCACGAUCGGAACGAAGCAGCCCGGCGCGACCGCUACGCUCGUGAUGCAGACGAUGAGGAGGACACAAAACGUAUCUCCAAAGCGGAGCGGAAAAGGCAGAAGAAGGCCGCUAAGGCCGCCGCGGCUGAGACAGCAGCACCUACACCCAUCUACCUCCCCGAGUUUAUCAGCGUGACGAACUUAGCCAGCGCACUCCGCGUUCGCCUGGAGGACUUCGUAGCCAAGAUGGAAGAUCUCGGCUUCGAGAAUGUAGAAGGCUCGCACAUCCUGACCGCCGAGAACGCUGGGCUAAUCGCCAUGGAAUACAAUUUCGACCCGAUCGCCGACACGGCGGACGAAGAUAUCGACCUGCGCGCCGCGCCUGAGCCCUCACCCGAAGAGCGGAGUCUCCUCCACUCCCGUCCCCCUGUUGUGACAAUCAUGGGCCACGUCGACCACGGCAAAACCACCAUCCUCGACUACCUGCGCAAAUCCAGCAUCGCAGCCACCGAGCACGGCGGCAUCACGCAGCACAUCGGCGCCUUCAGCGUCCCGCUCGCCGCCUCCAACAAAACGAUUACCUUCCUCGACACACCCGGCCACGCCGCCUUCCUCAGCAUGCGCCAGCGUGGCGCCACUGUCACGGACAUUGUCAUUCUCGUCGUUGCCGCAGAUGAUAGCGUCAAGCCGCAGACCAUCGAGGCCAUCAGGCACGCCAAGGCCGCGGGCGUCCCGCUCAUCGUCGCGAUUAACAAGUGCGACAAGGAUGAGGCGAAGCCUGAGAUCGUGAAGGCGGACUUGGCACGCCAGGGCGUCGAGGUCGAGGAUUUCGGCGGGGAUGUUCAAUGUAUCUGCGUCUCCGGCAAAACCGGCCUCGGCAUGCGCGAGCUGGAAGAGGCGGCCGUGACCCUGAGCGAAAUCCUCGACCACCGCGCUGAUACGGAUGGACCGACUGAGGGCUGGGUGCUCGAAGCCACGACCAAGACGCGCGGCCGCGUCGCUACUGUCCUCGUGCGCAGGGGCACGCUGCGGCCUGGCGACGUGCUCGUUGCGGGCGCGACGUGGGCGAGGGUGAAGACCCUGCGGAACGAGGCCGGCGCGCUGGUGGAUGAGGUCGGGCCGGGCAUGCCGGUCGAGGUGGACGGCUGGAAGGGCCAGCCUGUUGCCGGUGAUGAGGUGCUACAGGCGCCGGACGAGGGGAGGGCGACUGCUGUGGUGCAGCUGCGCGAGGAGAAGAAGGAGAGGGAGGCUUUGGCGAAGGAUAUGGAGGCCAUUAACGAGGUUCGUCGCCUCGAGGCCGAGAAGCGCGAGCGCGAAGAGGCGGUUGCGCGGGCGGCGGAGAAUGGCGAAACCCUGCCGGAGGAUGCCGCUGCGGAGGCGCAGAAGACGGGGCUCCAGGAAGUCUUCUUCGUCCUCAAGGCCGACGUCUCCGGCUCCGUCGAGGCGGUCCUCAACGCCGUCUCCGCGCUUGGCAACGCGGAAGUCGCUCCGCACAUUCUCCGUUCCGGCGUCGGUCCCGUCAGCCAGUUCGAUAUCGAGCACGCGGCUGCUGCCAAGGGCCAUAUCAUCUCAUUCAACACGGCCGUGGAGCCCAAGAUGGCGCAGAUGGCGGAGAGCCAGGGCGUCAAGAUCCUGGACCAGAGCAUUAUCUACAGGCUUGUCGAUGAUGUCAGGGCUGUGCUGUCGGAGAAGCUGCCGCCGCUUAUCACUCAGAGGGUUACUGGCGAGGCGGAGGUGGUUAUGGGCUUCGACAUCAAUCUGGGUGGGAGGAAGACGGUGAAGAUUGCGGGUGUGAAGGUGAGGAAUGGAGUUGUGGGGAGAGGGAAUAAGGUCAGGGUCAUGAGGGGGAAGGAGACGGUCUACGAUGGCACAAUAACCUCCCUCAAAUCAUCGAAGAAGGACGUCCCCGAGAUGAGGAAGGGGACAGAGUGUGGCAUAGGCUUCAAUGCUUGGGAGGGCUUCGAGGCUGGGGAUCAGAUCCAAUGUUACGAGGAGAGGUCUGAGAAGCGGACGCUGUAG